AUGGCCAGCCCCUUGCUGCUCAAUGCCACCAACGCCACCCUUGCGGCCCUGACGCCCGACACCGUGGCGCUAGGCACCAUGCCCGCGCCAGACAUGUACCGAGCCCUGGCCACCAAGUUUAGCCUCUAUCACCAGGACCCGGCCAAUAUUUUCGCGCACCUCAUCACCACGCCCCUGGGCUUUGUGGCCGUUGCUUGUAUCAUCAACAGAGCCACUCGUGGCGCCUACCUCACGGCCAUGGCCUCGCUGGCCUACCUUCUUGCCCUCGUCCCCAUCCUGAACCCACUCGUGCUGGCUGGCACUGCUGCUCUGGUGCUUGCCAUCAACGUUGCUGCCGUUCGCCUCCGCCUGACCGUCAUCAUGUCCCUGGUCCUUCUCAUUGCCACCUACUUUCUCCAAGAUCUGGCCCAUUACCUUACCGGCGAGGCCACCUUUCAGAGCACCUACAGCGCCGGUGGGCACAUUGAUCUCGCCAACAUCCAGCUCUGGUCCGCCAUGUUCUACGAACACUGCUACUUUCUCCUCCCACUCUGCGUUGAAGUGUCCCUCCCCACCCCCGUCAAGGCGCUCGUCGCCUCCGCCCCCGCCUGGCUCAUCCUCGCCAACCAGCACAUCGUCGCCACCGCCGACUCCCUCAUGAACCUCUUUCAUACCAAGUUUCACCCCGAUCGCUGGGCCGUGGAGGUUGUGGAGGGCAUGAACGAAAUCUACAUCAGCGCCCCCAACGCCAAGGGCACCUCCGACCAGGUCUUUUACACUGAACACGUCGAUGGCCCCUUUGGCCUCUUCCCCUUUGCCUCCGUCUUCCGCUGCAUCGUUGGCAUGGACGCCAACCGUGCCUAUGCCACCCAUUUUCCCAUGGCCGGUCUCUCCACCGCCGUUGCCACGGGUGAUGCCCUGGCCUUUGACUUUAAUCGCGAGCCCCACUACAUUACGCGCACCCCCGAACUGCAAAAGGCCGACCUCCCACCCGACCUUGGUGGGGACGGACGACGCGUUGUCCUCAAGAUUCACUACUGCGUAUAUCCACGCCAGCUCCUGCCCCUGGGCAAGCUCCUUCACCUCGCAAACGUCUUGUACAACAUGUGCUUUCGCGCCCUCUUUCUUGCCACCAUCAAACCCCCGGAGACCCCCCUCGAGAUUCUCUCAGGCCAAGUGGUGGUGCAGAUGACUCGCCUCGUCAACGCCUUUCAACGCUUUGUUGGCUUCCCCAACGCCCUCUACCUGGGUGUCCUGGCCUACCUGGCUAGCCCCUACGGCCUCAACUGCUACACCCUCUUCCUAGCCGGCACGGCCUGGAUUCAUUAUUUGCGUUACAUUGCCACCUUUUACUGGCGCCGCAACAUCAAUUUUGAGGCCUUUAAGCGCGACGUUCUCCUCUUCAAAUCCGUCUCCCUCGCCCAGCUUGGCUUUUUGUACCUCGCCCGACUUGACCUGGCCCACCCCGACUGGCUUUCGCUCUCACUCAUCGCCACGGGCUAUACGCUGUCCAUCCUUGCAACCAAGGCCCUCGGGAUUGACCGCACCUACUUUGGCGUCGAGCUCGGCUUUUGUGAGCCCAAAUGGAUCACCGCCUUCCCUUAUGGCACCAUUCCCCACCCCAUGAUCGUGAGCCAGAUGUUGGCCCUGGCCGGCUUUCUCAAACUCGCUGCCCUUCGCCAGGACUAUGCCUGGCUCAUUGCCGGUCACAUUGGUCUCUACUUUUGUCACAUGGUGCAAGAGCACUUUGACUUUCACCGUGCCGGCAAGUUUAGCCUGGCUGCCCUCUUCUCCCUGGGCGGUGAGACCGAGCAGGUCCUUCGCCAGCGCAAGAAGACGCAAUAAACUUCUGCCCUUGCUAGGCUUCUCUAGCUGCCAGUGUGUUUGUGCAGCAAUGCUGCACUUGCUUUGUUCGCAUCAACGGAUUUACAUGUACCUUGUUCCUACGCGUUGCCCGCCAAUUGAUGCGUCAAGAGUU